GCUCCGAACGUCCUGACUGGUGACUACUUGCACCAUACCUGCCGGCUGCCGUUGCGCGCGUAUAACACGGAUUCACUCGCGUGCUAACAUGCCCAAACCUAGUGGAGGCUAUUUUCAGCUACCCAACUCUGAUACAGACGACGCAGAGGACGUGGUAGAGCUCAAGUCCCCGCCGUCUCCGUCUCGCAAUGCCGAUGGCCUGCAUCCGAGUCUCAGCAAACCAACCACGCGGCAGACGUUUCUUCGCCGUUACUGGCCAACUCUAGUCGGCCUCACAUCCUUCUGCGCCUCGCUUGUGCUCUUCAACGCGUCCCUCCGCGUUCCGCCGGACUCUCAAUGCGCGAAACAGCUGUCGGCGUACUCUCCUGCGAUAGAAGCGGUGGAAUAUCGCGAUGUCGUCUUCAAUGGCUCUCUGCGUCACCCUUCCGAGUUCCGAGGCACUCCCAGUCCAGUGAUUGACGCUGCAUGGGACAGAAUAAGCGACCUCAGACCAUUGCGCAUAUUCGAGGACGACCUCGCGAAGAUCGGUAAGGAGCCCAAACCAGUUUGGCGGGGGUACAUCGCGACGCUCGAGAUCGCGCACCACAUGCACUGUCUGAACAUGCUCCGCAAGAACACGUACUGGGACUACUACGCGCCCCUCGACGACAGCUACCAGCAGGAUCCCGCCUUCUACCGCGUGCACCUCGACCACUGCGUCGAACUGUUGCGGCAGAGCCUCAUGUGCACCGCGGACGUCGGGCUCAUCACCUUCAACUGGGUCGCGGACCACGGCAGGCCCUGGCCGGACUUCAGCACGCAGCAUCGGUGCAGAAACUACGACGGGAUCGUCGACUGGAACCAGGAGCGGAGUGUUUGGAUCGGAGCGGCGAGUCUCACCCGGACGGAGGGAGUGGUUGACAUGCCGGAACCCAAGUCUUGAUCGCGAUUCGGGAUGUUCGGCUUCGUGGUAGGACAUGUAUCAUUAAUAUCCUAAAUUAUGGUGAUUGUUGCCAAGGAACAGGUAGAGGUUUACUCGAACUCGAAGUCGGUAUGUAGGAGGCAG